AAGCCUGCUAAGUGGAGUUCUGUGCAUCGGUAUGUUGACGUGUCGCACUCCAUUUUUGAAAGGUUCAGGAGUCAAGACGCUUGUAUCGGCCUCCGCAGUUUUGGGGAAACUUUCAGUUGUUAAACGUGAUUUUAUGUCUCGCCAGAAAAGAGGCGAACACGGCGAAGGAAGCACAAUCACUGAAAAGGGGAAGGCCUCUUAGGAAGAGACACAUAAUGUACAAUUUGGGAAGUGUUUGGUGAGGGUGGGGUAUAAACCCCUGUUCCCCUUGUAAUUGUACACCUGUCCAUACCUUAUGAACCUACCCAUCAUUCAAGAAGACAACCAAUUUCAUUACCAAGCUUGAUAAAGCAAAAUGAUUAUCAUAUUAGUGACACGCAUCUGUCGACUGGGCCAAAAGGAGGUAUACCCUCCGUUCCUAUAUGGGAUGACAUCAGCGGUGGAUGCAUGAUGGCAAGGCUCAAAGAGCAAUGAUAAGAGAGACAAACCCCAGCUAGAAUUCCAUCCUCAUGGUGAUAGCAUCCUGCCUCUUGAUCACGUGGGCAGUGAUAACAAACCAUCGAAUCAAAAUGAAACCAUUCCUUGCAUUCUCACCACGACACAUCAAAAUUAUUAUUAUUAUUGAUUGGAAGUUUCUUGAGAAGCUGAAAUUGUGGCAUUCUUGGCGGCUAAUAUCCAUACCAACCGCUGUGAAUUGAAGUUACUAGAUUUUGCACUUGUUGAAUAAAACGAGACCAGGGGAAUCGAACAUUUGAAUGAUGUCAUGUCGACGUUUCAGCUUCGUCAACGACGGGUUCGUCAGAACGCCACAGCUCGAGAACGACGACGGUUGGCUGAAGUAAACCGUGCGUAUUCUAACCUCAGCAAUCACGUUCCUCAACAUUUAUUGGGAAAUGCUACUAAGUUAGAGGUAUUACGAGGUGCGACUUGUUACAUCGAACUCCUAACCGUCAUUCUCUCCGCUGACGACAUCCAACUCUAUCGAGAUCAUUUUGACAGCAAUGAGAGUCGAACAUCGACAUCAAUGAACUCGAUGGACCAGUGGGACAGAAAUCUAUUCUUUAAUCGUUCUACUUUCAGCCACUUUUUAGAAACAAACUGUUCAGUGAGGGAUUUCCAAUCAAUCGAAGCCCAAUCUACAACACAGUCAAAUUCGAUUGUCUCACUUCAACCUGGUCUCCUGAGCAUGGAUGAUCCGCCACCAAAAGCUAACAUUUCUUGGCGAUGAUUUCCCUUCAAGACAUCCCUACUCAAACCAAACAAGGUUGAGAAUCUUCUAAAACCAAACUAGUCGGGUUACGGUGUUCUGCAUGAAUUCGUGAUUGGGUGUAUGUAUAUACGUGUGUAUUUGAUUAUCACAGGUGAUUAUUUCUGUCUGGGACUGACCUUCAACGUUGGUGAAACGACAUUUGCUUAUGUGACAAUUGCUCCAGGCUUUUUUUUUCUUCCAAGAUGUAGGGUUAGGGUUGCAAUAGAAUAGGGUUUUGUUAGGUUUAGGGUAGGGUAUAGUGUUAAACCCUGGGUUGAAGUUGGUCAUUUGUCAUGGAACUUCAACUUCAUCAUUCGAAAGAUGUCAAAUUGUAACAUCCCCAUGCAGCUAGGAUUAGAGGCGGAUGCCCUAACGCCCAGUUUUGGAGUGCACUACUUCUUACGUAGGCUUUUGACAAGGGUCACUCUGCAUCAGACAGACAGAUUGCUACUGCAGUCUCAGCCUAGAUAAUAAGUUAAAGUAACAAGGGCUGAAAGCAAAUUGAGUUUAAAUGAUAGCCUAUAAUCCUAGCAGAGCCUGCAGUAGAUAAGGGCCUUAACACUAGUGGGUGGAUCCCUCAAUGGACAGGAAUAAACUUCUUUUCUGGGGAUUUAUUUAAUAAUAUCUGACAUUUUACCAUCAUCCACAGAGUGUAGCCAAUGAAAUUCAGCAGAACAGCUAAUUGUACAAAGUCCGAAGCUUAUGGUCUAAGGCUGCAGAUAUUAUCUUCACUUUCACAAGUUUAAGGUGGCAAGAUUCUGUAUUUACUGUUACACUGUUACUUAAGCGAUACGUCUACAAGACUACAGAGCACUAUUUGUAGUCUCGCCACAUCAGACGUAUAGCUUACACGUAGUGUAACACCAAAGGCAAAAUCUGCAGCCCCCGCCAAGAUGAUAGGCUAAGCCAAGGAUGCCACAAAUUUACUUUCUAUAACUAGGUCUACUCUAUCCUCAAUAUACAUCACAGUUUUAUCCAAACUAUAAUUCAAACAAAAAAGGCUCAGCUUGUAUACAGUGGUGACACCAGUAUUGUUAAAGUGGGGUAGAAUGGCAACUGGAUUGCAAUUUACGAAAUGUUGGGGAGUAGGGGCAGAUAAUUAUUUUUUAUGUGCACCACAGAAUUGUUAAGAUUUCAAUGUCGACGCCAAAAGAAAAGCAGGGCCAGUAGUCAAGUUCUCCAAGCGAAACGUUAAAAAUGUAUGUGUGAUGCAUCAUGCAUGCAAGUGAACAUAGUAAAAUAUUGUACCUUACACAGUGAUCUUUUGUGAAAUAUUAUUUGGAUUUUAAUAGAAUGCACAUAUAAGUUUAGCUUCUCUCUUUUAUACAUCCAGUAUAUAGUUUCUUUUUUAUAAUAAUUAUUAUACCAACGUGCUUGAAUAAUGCAUAUCAUUGCAAAAUGCGUCCCUAUGCGCUCUUUGAAGGAGACAGAAAAGCUAAGAAAAGAGCGAAAAUUGCAUAUAAUAGUGGCACUAAGUCAUUCAAUACACUUUUAAUAAGUUUGUUUUGAAGAUGGAUAUAGACUUAGGGGUAAGAAGAGUUGCGUGAUGUGGAAAUGUUUCUUAGUACAGGAAACUAACCAUGCUGCUGAGUUUUGAAUUACUUGCAAUUUGUUAAUUUGGGAAUCGGGCAUCCUAUAGAGUAAAUAUGAUAUAUUACAAGAUACACCAAGUAUAUGAAAUGUUAUGAGCUGCUGUUUCAUUUACCCACAAUGGGUCAGAUUUUUUUGUACAUCUACACAUGUAGACAAAUUAAACUUUCAUCAUUACAUA